ACCCUGGGUGAGGGUUGAGAGGUGGAAGGUGUCUCCUAGCUCGUGGUGCUCGUUUUCUCCAGCGCGUGUGCCCGGCGACCCGGUCGUCAUGGAGUCAGACUUGACCGAAGAGCUGGAUGAGGAGGAACAGCUGGUGAGAAGGCAUCGCAAAGAGAAGAAGGAAUUGCAAGCCAAAAUUCAGGGCAUGAAGAAUGCUGUUCCCAAGAAUGACAAAAAAAGGAGGAAGCAACUCACUGAAGACGUUGCUAAGUUGGAAAAAGAAAUGGAGCAGAAACAUAAAGAGGAACUGGAGCAAUUGAGACUGACCUGCAAGGAAAAUAAGAUUGAUUCUGUUGCAGUUAACAUUUCAAACUUGGUACUUGAAAAUCAGCCACCUCGGAUAUCAAAAGCACAGAAGAGACGGGAAAAGAAAGCUGCAUUGGAAAAAGAACGAGAAGAAAGGAUAGCUGAAGCUGAAAUUGAGAACUUAUCUGGAGCCAGACAUGUAGAAAGUGAAAAACUUGCUCAAAUAUUGGCAGCCAAAGAGUUGGAAAUUAAACAGAUUCCAUCUGAUGGCCACUGUAUGUAUAGAGCCAUUGAGGAUCAACUGAAAGAACAGGACUGUGCUCUGACUGUGGCUGCCUUAAGAAGUCAAACUGCUGAAUAUAUGCAAAGCCAUGUGGAAGACUUUUUGCCAUUUUUAACCAAUCCUAAUUCAGGAAAUAUGUAUACUCCAGAAGAAUUUGGAAAGUACUGUGAUGAUAUUGUAAACACAGCUGCAUGGGGAGGUCAGCUUGAGCUAAGAGCUCUGUCUCACAUUUUACAAACACCAAUAGAGAUAAUACAGGCAGAUUCUCCUGCUAUUAUAGUUGGUGAAGAAUAUUCCAAGAAACCAUUAAUACUUGUAUAUAUGAGACAUGCAUAUGGCUUAGGAGAACAUUAUAAUUCUGUUGCACGGUUGGUGAACACAGCUACUGAAAAUUGCAGCUAGUUUAAAAAAUGUUACACAGUUAGGUUUUAGUACAGUGUGCUGAUCUGCGUAUUCCUACAAAGUGCUAGAUUGUUCUAAAUGCUACUGAAAACACAACUACCUUAAAUCAAUUUUAAGAAUAAGCUUACUACCAGGCUUUUUAGAAAUAUGUCAGAGAUAAACUUUAACCAGUGUCCUUUUAGUGGUGUUUUUAAAACUUAUAAAUUGAUUGUGGAGAAUAUCACUUAUAGACCAAGGUGAUACCCUAUUCACUGAUACAUUUUUAUCAUUUUUAUUUAUAUGGUAUUCUGGAUAUUUUGUUCUAUUUUAGAAUAUAUUUUUUUAAUGUUUAAAAAUUUCACCCCACUACUAAAAUUUUCCAAAGAAAGCAUUUCAGUGUAGUUUUUCUAGAGGAAGUAAAAUGACUUAUUUUCUGUCAUUGUAAUAAAGGGGUAUUGUAUGGUGAAUUUAAUUAAUGGGGCUGGGGAUAUAGCUCAGUUGGUAGAGUGCUUGCCUCCCAAGCACAAGACCCUGGGUUCAAUCCCCAGCCCUGCAAAAAAAAAAAAAAAAAAAAAUUCUUAUAAAA